UGGUCAAGUUUUGCUCCGUUUUCAGUAGUAUUCGGAUUAUUUCCUUAAUAGUUGUGGCAGCCCCCCGGGUGCGCGGUUACCUCACCGGACCUGAUUUCUGGAAUGCGCUGGACGCCAUGAACGAAAUCCAGACUUGGCCGCAUCAUUCUUGGAAGGUGUCCGACGAUAAAUGGACGCCGAUGAUGACCCCGGCGUCCCUGUACCGGCAGGUGUUGGUCGGCAACAGCAACCCGGUGUGCACGGCACCCUACUACACCGGCAAUAUCCAGCAGAACGCCACGGCGGGCUCCUUUAUCACACGGGUGUCGGCCACGGAUCCCAACGGCGGCAACAUCACCUACUCCAUCCCGGACACCUCCCUGCAGCGCUUCACCGUCAACCCCACCUCGGGCGACAUCUAUACCUCCACCAAUCUGACCCGGCGCUUCCGCUCCACGUUGGAGUUCACCGUCCGUGCCUCCAACGCUGCUGGUUUGUACUGCGACAGCGUGGUCCGCGUUAACAUUUUGACGACCCCUUCGGCGCAAACCAUCGUGACGGUGUACAACGGGUCGGCGGCGGCUAUUGGGGCCAAUAGUGCGCCGGUAUUUUCGCAGUCGUCCUACAGUUGUACCACCAGCAACUGCAACUCUGGCGGGACCAUAUGCACGGUGACGGCGGGCGGGGCGGUCAGCUAUUCCAUCAUCGGGAGCAGUACCAGUAAUAAUCCCUUUACCGUCAGCAACAACGGCGCGAUUAGCUUCAGUGGCUCCGGGAAUGUGGCCAGCGGCACCAACACCACCAUGACCUUACAGGCAACUAAUGCCAACGGGAAUUCAGCCAGUACAACCCUGUCUAUCGCCACCUCCUGCAAUUACUACGGUAAUUACAACAGCGGGAGCAGCGGGACGUCGUCCGCCGGGAGUUACUGCGGGUGUAACGGCGACAUGAACUGCUUGCUCUCCACCAUCUACAACCCGGGGUACUGCGGCGGGGGUGCCUUAAUCGGCUCCGGGAUCGGAGGGAUCGGUGGCGUCGGAGGUAUUCCCGGGGCCGCCCAGCAGGUCGGCAUCGUCACUACCACUGCACCGCAGUUCGGCCAGUCACAGUAUACCCUAACUGCGCCGGCUUGUGGAGCCGGUAGCAUUAUCGGCCAGGUCACCGCCAACAACUACCCGCAGAGCUACACUAUCGAAGGGAACAACAACUUCGCCAUCACCAACGCCGGCGCUAUCAGUCUCAACUACGCCAUGGUGCCCGGCACCCAGUCCUUCGUCGUCAGCGCCAUCAACCCGGCCGGGACGGCGUACACCCUGGUGACCGUCACCCUAACCUGCACCGGUGGCAGCGGCGCGGUCAUCACCUCUGCCCCGGUGGCGCCGGUGGUCCCGGGCGCCCCGGUCCUCCCAGGAGCGGUAGCAGCGCCGGUGGCCGUCGGCGGGACCACCUUCAACAACAACGGGGUCAACGUCCCGCUGGGCAGCAGCGGUCCGGGCGCCCCGAAAUUCAGCCAAUCGACGUACAGCCUCCGCAUCAUCAACUGCGGUGUCGGCUCCCUGGUGGGGACGGUCCCCUGCCAGAGCUGCGACACCUACGCCAUCGUUAACGCCGGAGCCACCGCCUCCGGGUACGGUAUCACCCCCAAAGGGAAGAUCACCGUCACCCAGACCCCGACGUACGGCGCCACCCAGACCCUCUUGAUCCAGGCGUUCAACGGGCUCGGCUCGGCCUUCGCCAGUGUCUCCAUCUACGCCGACUGCCAGGGGAGUUUCCCGUACCCGGUCGGGACCAACAUCCCGCCCAUCGCGUUACCCGGCGCCGGAAUCCCCGGCGUCCCCGUGGCGGCACCCCCGCCGGUACCGGUCGCCGUCCCCGCACCGGCCCCGGUCCCGGCCGCGGUCCCCGCCAACUCCGGGUUCUCGACGACCUCCUACACCUUUUCCCUGAACAACUGCGAUCCCGGGGCGACCGUCGGGACGGUGUCGGCCAGCGGGGGCGCCACCUACGCCAUCACGGGGGGCGGCGCCGGCUUCACCAUCAACCCCUCCAGCGGGGUCAUCACCACCAACGGCCAGGUGACCCGCGGGACCCAGGCCUUCCUCGUCCAAGCGCAGACCGCCGGCGGCAACAGUUUCGCCACGGUGACCGUCUCCGCCACUUGCGGCGGGGGCGGCGGCGGAGGUGGCGGGAGCGGGGGGUUCUCCCAGCCCUCCUACACCUUCUUCCCCACCGCCUGCAGUCCCGGGGUCAUCGUCGGGACGGUGUACGCCCGCGGGACCAACGUCCAGUACACCAGCAACGGUCUCCCGUACUGGUCGGUGGACCCCCAGUCCGGGGUCAUCAGUAGCGUCACCUCCGUGCCCAACUACUCCACCUUCGUCGUCACGGCGCAGAGCGGGUCCGGAGGGACCUCCACGGUGACGGUUACCACCUCCAGCAACUGCCCGGACUACUUCGCGUACAACGUGGCGGCCUGCGCGCCCAACACGGUGGUGGUGCCGGCCAGCGCCAUCUCCGGGAUCCUGGCCAGCGGGAUCAACAGCUUCACGCUGUCGGGGCCGAACAGCGCGUUGUUCAACUUCAACCAGCAGAACGGCCAGAUCAUCUCCACGGGGCAGCUGCAGUCCGGGACGUAUGCGUAUGUCCUGACUGCCAGCCUGUCGGCGGGCGGCACCUACACCGCGUUUAUCACACUAAUCGUUAACUGUAACGCCGCCACGGUGACCUUUACCCAGCCGGCUUAUAACUUCAUGGUGGGCUGCAGUGUGUUGCCGCAGCGAGUGGGCGUGGUCACGGCGUCCUCUUCGAACGGCGACACGAUGAACUACGGUCUGGGCGCCGUCAGCCGGCUCUUUUUCAUCGACCCCAGCAGCGGCGAGAUCCGCACGCAGACCGGGCUGCGCCGCACCGGCAAGCACGCCUUCACCGUCAGUGCGCUGGCCGCGUCGGGCGCCACCGGCAUCGCCACCGUCACCGUGAUUGUCGCCGGCGACUGCCGCUACUAAACGGCAUAAAUCCGCUGUAGAAAGAUAACAUAAUUUUUUUUUUAUAUAAAUGAAGCUCAUGUAAAUAGAAUUUAAUUUCAACAGCUCCGUUGCUGGUAACGGACGCAAUUGG